AUGGCGGAUCCACUGACAGGCAGCGCACCUUCAGAUGAGAGGGAUGAAGCGGGCCCAUCGACGCUUGUCACCGUGAAUCCAGAGGAGCCCAGCAGCUCUCCUGGUCGCUCGAGUGUCAGAAGGCAGAGCAGUCAACCGCAAGUGGGACCUAGAAGUAGCUAUUACACUGGUCCGCCUGGCCCAGGAAGCGCUUUUGGAACUGCACCUGCUGGAGUGAUUGGGAGAGACAGACCAAGAGAAGUCAUCAGGUGAGUCCUGUCAUCCCGCGCUCUUGCGAAUGCUGGUGAUAGUGGAAAUGGCAGAUUCUGCAACGUCCACCUCCGGCGCAUGCGCCAGCUAGACGUGCUCACCAACAGUGGCCUUUCGCGACAGGGUGGAGCGGGACUACACAUUGGGAGAGCUGUGCCAAUUUCAUCCAACUUUUCCCUUGGAGUUGGAAGGUCGCAUAGCACCUGUGCAAUUUGGCGAGACCAUAAACGAUCUCAACGAAAUCCUGAUCAGGGCUCACGAUUCCAGAUGGGCAGCCUUCGACAAUGUGUUGGCUGUGCUGACACUCUGGAUCAGCCCUUUGGUGGUAGGAAGCAAGUACAACAGGGUGAGUCCGCUCGGCCAUGCAAGCACAGCAGACGAAGGGAGGCUGCGUAGUCCCCAAACAUGACGCUGAGGUCAACAUCUGUAUUCCACUUUGAAGGAAAUGAAGGACCUGCGUUCAGUUCUGGGCCGAGUGAACAAACAGCUCUUCAACCCGGCAGGCUUGAAUGUUAGAGAUCCAGCCGAGGCCGCCUUUUUGUUUCUCGAGGUACGUGCCGUCCCACGUCGAGGGUACAGCCAGUGUCCUGCCAUCACUCACCUCUAUGCUCUCGCAUGACAGAUUGAAUACUUCUGA